UACAGGGAAGAUGGCGUCCUCAUACCUCGGAGUAUGGGCUUGGCCCGUUUGACGCUGCCCUCGGGAGGCUUCAAAGACGGGGUGGGGUUCCGGCUCCAAACCUUCCACCAGGCUUGAGCUGAUCUUCCUCCAAGGCAAAAGUACUCACCCUGAGAGCAUAAUCACAGGAAGAGGCGCCAAGUUCGCGUGGGAAAGACAGACGGAGAGACAUAGAAUGUCGACCAGCAAAGCCUUAAGGGAAAUGUAGUCCAAGGCCGGAAAAUCGGCGUUGCUGUAGAUAGAAGAGAGAGAGGUGUAGGAAACCAGCAUUGAGAAAAUGACAUCCGAGCGGCACUUACCGUGUCGAAAGUGCUGAUAAUAACGGUUCCGUCUUCCUGGAACAUCUAAUUUACUUGAAGAUUUGAAGGGUGAUAUAAAAGCUAAGUGAUGGAAAUUCAUUCUUCAAAUGUACCUGAAUUUACAUGAAGUUGUACAGGGUCGCUUCCUUGUGCAUUCCUGGAGACUGCACCUUCCUCAUCCUUCAGAAGGCCAGGAGGCCCCAGGGCUCAGCCUGAGUUAUAGGACAGAACUUUGGCUCCAGCAUUAACAUUCUAGUGCUGUGUCAUUUCCCCAAUAGCAGGUUAUAAGCUGGCCAAGCUGUAUGUGAUCCUCUGUUGAAGCAAGAAGACGAACUGUGGAUGGUGGAGAAAGAAGUGUAAAGGAAAUUUGUCCAGAAGAAGCCUGAGAAGAAGAUGAGCAGAUAGAGAGGCAACAAGACUUGGGAGGCAAGUUGCAUCCAGCUCCAGUAAAGUACAGACUGAGGAAAAAAGCAGUGAAUAUAAGAAAAUUGGAAAAAUACUUCCUCUGAUCUCAAACCUUAUAUCUUUUAAGGCAACACCUUUUUCAACUUAACCUAGAAAGAGUUUGAAACACAAUUUAGACUUAGUUGUGUAGGAAAGAAUCAUCAAUUAGUUUGGAAAUCCUGCCACAGCUUACUCCUUGUGGUAAUAACCCCCUUUAGGUGUAAAUCAGUGUGGAAAUGCCUUCAUUUAAAAAUUUUUGAACCCCAUAUGAUAUCAGAGCAUUCAUACUGGAGAGAAAACCUAUGAAUUUACUGAAUGUGGUAAAACUUUCACUCACAUGUUGCACCUCAUAAAUGUAGAAGUCAGGCUGGAGAGAAACCCUGUGCUUCUAAGGAAUAUUGAAAAGCCUUUAGCUAGAUAACAAAUCUCAUUGAGUAGAAGAAAAUUCAUACUGGAGAGAAACCAGUGAAUGUAACAAAACUUCAUUUGAGUAUUAGAAAAUUUAGAGUUGAAGAGAAAGCUUUGAAGGUACUAAGUAUGAUAAAGUUUUCUCUUGAACCUUGUCUCUUACUCUGCAUUUGAAAGGUCAUACACAGAGAAGCCCUACAAAUGUAAGAAAUGUGGAAAUACCUUCAGCUAAAAGCAAAUUCUCAUUCAUCAAAAAAUUCAUACUGGAGAGAAAUCUUGUGAAUGUGGGAAAGCUUCCAUUCAGAUGUCACACCUCAGUCAGCAGAGAAUUUGUAGUGGGGAAAACCCCUUUGCCUGUAAGGUAUGUGGGAAAGUCUUCAGCCACAAAUCAACUCUCACUGAGCAUGAGCAUUUUCAUAAUAGAGAGAAACCUUUUGAAUGUAAUGAAUGUGGAAAAGCAUUCAGCCAAAAGCAGUAUGUUAUUAAACAUCAAAAUACCCAUACUGGAGAGAAGCUUUUUGAAUGUAAUGAAUGUGGAAAAUCCUUCAGCCAGAAGGAAAACCUUCUUACCCAUCAGAAAAUUCACACUGGAGAGAAACCUUUUGAGUGUAAGGAUUGUGGGAAAGCUUUCAUUCAGAAGUCGAACCUCAUCAGACACCAGAGAACUCACACAGGAGAGAAGCCCUUUGUAUGUAAGGAGUGUGGGAAAACUUUCAGUGGCAAAUCAAACCUUACUGAGCAUGAGAAAAUUCAUAUUGGAGAGAAACCCUUUAAGUGUAGUGAAUGUGGAACAGCUUUUGGUCAGAAGAAGUACCUCAUAAAACAUCAAAAUAUUCACACUGGAGAGAAACCCUAUGAAUGUAAUGAAUGUGGAAAAGCCUUCUCUCAGCGAACGUCACUUAUUGUACAUGUGAGAAUUCAUUCAGGUGAUAAGCCUUAUGAAUGCAAUGUAUGUGGAAAAGCCUUCUCUCAAAGUUCAUCUCUUACGGUGCAUGUGAGAAGCCAUACAGGUGAGAAACCCUAUGGUUGUAAUGAGUGUGGGAAAGCUUUCUCUCAAUUCUCAACCCUUGCUCUACAUUUGAGAAUACACACAGGUAAGAAGCCUUAUCAAUGUAGUGAAUGUGGGAAAGCUUUCAGCCAGAAAUCACACCAUAUUAGACACCAGAAAAUUCAUACUCAUUAAAAACCUGUGGAUAUCAUGAAAGGUGUUCAUCAGGAAUUUACAUCUCAUAACAUAUCAGAAAUAAUCAUUCUGAAGGAAAGCAUCACAAAUGAGAGAAACAAAAGCUAAAAACUUAAAGGAUACCAGAGAAUUCAUCCUGAAGAGAAAGACAUUUGUAUGAUAAUAUCCAGCAAAAAAAAAAAAUACAGCACAGGUAAUGCUGAAACUUUAGAUGCAUUUCCACUAAAAUUGGGAAUGGAAAACAUGUUUAACAUUGCCGUCUGCAUGGAUCUGGAGAUCUUCACCAAUGUAAAAAAAAAAAAAAGGUUGCAAGUAUUAGAAAGGAAGAGACCUUUAUGGUAUUGAUUUAGCAGAACAGAAGAGAUUCUGGAAACACCUAUGCAUUUAUUAGAAUUUAUAAUAUAGAAAUGGCAUCAGGAGAUGAGAAUAUAAUGGGACUAUUUAAAAAAUGAUUUGGAGAUAAUUUGUUCUCCAAGGGACAAAAAAAAAAAAAAAACCCACGAACUAUACAUUAAGGUAAGAUCCAGGGGGGUUAGGUUAAAAAUAGUAAUAUGAAAAAGCUAUAUACUAAAAUGGUUAUGACCUUGGGAGUUGGGAAACAUUCCUUAUAGCAAAUUGAAAAACACCUAGCAAUUCUAGUCUGAGUUUGUAUGCUCAGGAAAUGUGUACCAGGCUAUUUACUGUGGCAUGAUAUGUAGUAGUCAUAAAUUGGAAACAACUUAAAUGCCCAUCAGCAACAAAAUGGAAAGUACUUAUGAUGGAAUACUGUAUAUCUGUAAAAUGUAAUAAAUGAGAUCUAUAUGUAUUACAGAGAAAGAUCUCAAAAAUCACGUUGAGGGGGAAAGAUAAAGUUGCAGAAUGACAUAUAUUAUGAUGACAGUUUUGUAAAUUUGAAUAAAACUUCCCUCAAAAUUUCAGUGCUAUAUAUUGGUAAUGGAUACAUAUAUGUAUGUAUGUUUUUUAAAUGUUUUUGAAAUGGUUUGGAAGGAUACAGAUCAAACUCUUGAUAGUGGUUGCCUGUGAAGAGUGGAGAAGGGAAGGGAAUGCGUGUGGGAGAGGGGGGGAUUGGAUUGGUUAGAGGGGACUUCAGUUUUAUAUAUAAACGUCCAUUUCUCUUUAAAAAAAAAAAAGACUGCAAGAAAAUAUAUUGAAAUACUGGUUAAUUCUGGAUUGUGGUAUAUGGAUAUCUUGUCUUAUUUUUUGUACUUUUCUGUAUUUUUAAAUUUUCUCAAAAUUAACAAGAAUGGGGGUGAGGAUGGGAACACUGUACCUAUAGAAAUCAUGUUCUAAUGGAUUCAUUUGCAAUCAGCUACUAAACUUUUUAUAGAAAGUAUUUCUAAAAUUUUAUCGAUGAGUGGAUGGACUUGCUCUCUAUGUAGUAUGAAAUUAUCUAUUUUAUUAAAAUUAAAAAUGACAGCAUAA